CAGCUUCUCCGGUUACCACCAGCCAUGGCCACAGAAACCCCCCAGAGUCUCCCCACGACCUCGGAUGUCGGUCCCCGGUUCGCCCAUACCGGAGAUCUGUGCGUGUUGAUAUUGCCCUCGGAGAACCCAACUAUCCUCACGGCCUAACAUUGGCUACUUCACGGAAUGAAUGAGCGGGAACGGAAUGCUCUGUUGGCCAUCCUUUGCGAUCUUCAUUUCUCCUUUCUAGGUGGUUGUACAUCCAUCUGUUAUGUGGAUUGAAAUCUGGUUUCUACCCCAACGUCAGUUGGUUCUCGCAGCGUCCCCUAUUAUUAUUAGAGGGUUGUAGCAACCAUUCCACAGCUCUGCAAUCUGUCUUAGGUUCUACUAGACGACAUGCUUUUCAAGGGCGGCAAGCUUGACACUCCGGUUCCGACCGACACAAGCAUCUUUCCGUGGCUCUUUGAUCAUGCUCUACCCACUAGCAAGUUCAAUCCAGGCCAGACUGGUGCCUUUAUCGAUGCCAAGACCAAGGAGAAGAUCCCCUUCACCACCUUGAAGGUCCUCGCCACGUAUCUGUCCACCAUUCUCGCACAGCAGUAUGGCAUCAAAGCGGGUAGCCACAUCACCAUCUUCUGCAGUGGAUCUGUCUGGUAUCCCGUCGUGGUUUUUGCAGUGAUUCGGCUUGGCGCCAUUGUCACGGGCAGCUCUCCAGAGUAUGGCGUCGAUGAGAUGAAGUAUAUUCUCGAGGCCAGCGAGAGUGAGCUGGUGUUUGCCGACAACGGGUCCUGGGAUGUCGUCAAACAGGCCGCGCAGAAAGUCGCCUUGGGUUCUAACAAGUUGGUGCUUCUCGGAAGUGAGGACGAGGUUCGCGGCCAGUCAGAUAAAGUCUCGAUUCACGAUCUACUCCAACAAGGCCGGUCUAAAGGAGAAUACGGACAAGUCAAGCCAUGGACUCUCCCACCUGGAAAGACAAACAAAGAAUUCCCAGCUUUCUUGAGCUUCACCAGCGGUACCACCAGCUUGCCAAAAGGAGUCAUGAUAUCCCAUCAUAAUAUUAUUGCCCAGAUCAUGCAGAUGAGGUCGCUGACGGCGAAGAACUGCCCGAAGGUUAUGCUAGCUGUCCUGCCACUCUAUCAUAUCACGGGAAUUGUCCAGAUCCUUCAACUCCCCCUCACGUUGAAUCAAGAAGUCGUCAUGAUGUCCAAGUUCAACAUGCAAGAAAUGCUCGAUGUGAUUGUCAACUUUAAGUGCGACGAGCUAUGGAUGGUACCUCCGCUAUUGAUCCGACUUGUCAACGACCCAAUUGCCGCCAGCUACACCUUGCCCGAUGUUGCACAAUUCAACACAGGAGCAGCCCCUCUGGCUAAGGAGAUCAUCGACAAGUUGGCCAAACGCUUUCCUCACGUGCGCAUCCGUCAAGCAUGGGGAAUGACCGAGAGUACAUCGGCCAUUACCCUCACACCCCCUUCUGAGCAGACAUAUGAAAACGCCGACAGGGUCGGAAAGGUCGUGCCUGAAACGAUCGUCAAGAUCAUCGAUCCUGAGUAUGAGGGUCCGGGUGAGAGGAUCUUGGGGGUUGGAGAGAGUGGUGAGGUCCUCGCCAAAGGCCCACAGAUCACGAUGGGAUAUUACAAUCGACCAGAAGCUACCGUGGAGUCGUAUGACAAGGAAGGGUAUCUACAUACGGGAGAUAUUGGAUUCAUGGAUAAGGACGGAAUGUUGACCAUUCACGACCGACUCAAGGAAAUGAUCAAGGUCAAGGGAGUUGGCGUCGCCCCAGCGGAGCUAGAAGAUCUCUUGCUCGGCCACCGCCUAGUCACCGACGCCGCGGUUAUCGGUAUUCCAGAUGACUAUGCCGGUGAAGUACCAAAGGCGUUUGUUGUCCUCGCACCAUCCGCCAAACCCGAUGCAGCCACUCUCAAGGAUCUGUUAGACUUUGUCAAGCAGCGCAAGUCGCGCCCCAAGUGGCUGGCUGGUGGCAUUGAGUUUGUCGACAUCGUCCCCAAGAGCGCAAGUGGCAAGGUUCUGAGAAGAGUGUUGAGAGAUCAAGAAAAGGAGAGGGCUAAGCAGAAGAAAUCCCAGUCCAAAGCCAAGUUGUAAGUACAUGCGGUGGAUUCUUUGGCAGGCCAGGAAAGCAGUGUUUGCUUCGCGGCAUAGUCUUGUAUUUCUGAUACCACUCCUUUGCAGAAGAUCAGUUCAAUACUCUCUUUCUAGUGGCGGGCUUCGGAUU